AUGUCAGACUUUUAUAAAAAACAAGCAAUUACUCCAAACAUGCACUUGCAUCUUCAUCUUAGCAAGUGUAUCAAUGAUUUUGGCCCUGUUUAUGCGUUUUGGCUGCUUAGUUUUGAGCAUUAUAAUGGUUUGCUGAAAAACUUUGAGACAGAUCAGAAGGAGUGGUAUACAAGUUAUACUUCAGAAAGUUACCAACCAUUGAUGACAGAAAAUAUUGAGUUAUGGAAUGAGCCUUUAACCACUCUGAAAUAUGAUUGCAUUCUUCCAGUACAUUGUCUAUACUUACCAAUAGCAGCUGUUAGAUAUAGACUUAAUAUAACCAGUGACUUUAAACGUUUAGUAAUGUCUUUUCUUCAGAAAAUAGAAGCAUAA